AACAAUAUUUUAAAAAAUUAAUUAGAUUUUGUCAGAUUUUUCAACAAAUUUUUAAUUUAAUAUCUUUAUAAUUAUUAAAAUUUUAGAAAUCUUAUAUAUUCAAUAAAUUAAUGUAAAUAAUUAAUAUAUAUGUAAUAAAAAAAAUAAACCUAUUAUGACUUUUUUGUGGUAAAUAAAAAUGGUACUUCUCUUUUAAUAGUGAAGAUUCAAUAAAUUGACUGGACCAAUUGAACUUAUAGGAAACAGAUCACAUAUAUUAAGCAUAGAAUCUCCAUAUUGAUUAAUUAACUAAUUUAGGAAGAUAUCAAUCUACUACCUUAAAGUAUUCAUUCAGCUACAAGAACAGACGAUUGUAUAGUCAUGUCGAUUCAACAAACAUAUAAGAAAAUGCAAACCCGUAAACGAAGGUGAUAGCAAGAAACACAAGCAAUGAAAUCUCCAACAAUCCAAACCCUAAUCAUCUCUGUUUUUCUCUUUACAAUCCAAACAUCAUUGGCAUCACCACCAACACUUGGAAGCGUUUUCACCCAAUGCAUCAUCGGUUUGAAACCCUCAAAUCCAUGUUCCCCGAUUCAAAACUUCACAUACACUCCACAAAACCCUAAGUUCCUCAUAAUCCUCAAUAACUACGUCCGUAACCUCCGUUACUUCAACAACACGACACGUAAGCCUAUCGCUAUUGUAGCUGCAGCCGAUGUUACUCACAUUCAGGCUACGAUCACCUGCGCUAAGAAACUCAGCCUCCAGCUCAGGAUCCGCAGUGGAGGCCACGACUAUGAUGGAUUGUCGUAUCUAUCAACAGUAGAUUUCGUUGUCCUAGACAUGUUCAACCUCCGGUCUAUCGAGUUUGGUCGUAAACUUGACACCGCGUGGGUCCAAUCCGGUGCUACGCUUGGAGAGAUCUACUACGGAGUCGCCAAUAAAAGCAACGAUCUACGUGGAUUUCCUGCCGGAAUCUGCCCCGGUUUAGGCGCUGGUGGACAUUUUAGCGGUGGUGGUUAUGGAAACAUGAUGAGAAGAUACGGUUUAUCGAUUGAUAACAUUAUAGACGCUAAGAUCGUUGAUGCUAAGGGAAGAGUCUUGGACCGGACCUCAAUGGGAGAAGAUCUUUUCUGGGCCUUACGUGGAGGUGGAGCUGCUAGUUUCUGUGUUGUCUUAGCCUGGAAGAUCAAGCUUGUUCCGGUGCCAGAGAAGGUCACAGUCUUUAACGUAGAAGCUGUCGGAAAGAGAGGUGGCGUGAACACCAAGGAACUUGUAGUGAAAUGGCAAGAGAUCGCAGACAAGAUUGACAAUAGUUUGUUCAUACGAUUAACUUUAAGCACAAGCAACAAAACUGUGAAGGCUUCUUUCAUGGGAAUGUUCCUCGGAGAUUCGUCAAGGCUUCUAGAGAUCAUGACCAAGGAGUUCCCGGAGCUUGGUCUGAACAAAACAGAAUGCAUAGAAAUGAAAUGGAUCGAAUCGGUUCUGUUCUGGCUCAGUAUCCCACCCGGUACAGCACCAACAUCGGUUAUGCUAAACCGGAUCCCGCAAAAGCAAAUCUACCUCAAGAGAAAGUCUGAUUACGUCCAAAAACCGAUAUCAAGAACCGGUUUAGAUGCGAUAUUCAAGGUCCUGUUAGAGAACGAGAACGUGACAAUGGCUUGGAACCCGUACGGAGGGAGGAUGAGCGAGAUUCCAUCGACCGAGACAGCGUUUCCGCAUCGAGCAGGCAACAAGUUCAAGAUCCAGUACGCGGCAAACUGGUUUGUGCCAGGGGAAGAAGUGGCUAAAGAAUGCAUGAGCCAGACGGAGAGAGUUUUCGAAGCAAUGACCCCUUACGUGUCAAAGAACCCAAGAGAGGCGUUUUUGAACUAUAGAGACGUAGACAUUGGCACGAGCUUGAAUUCGACGUACGAGGAAGGGAAAGUGUAUGGGGUGAAGUAUUUUAAGAACAACUUCGAGAGAUUGGUUAGUGUUAAGAGCAGAGUUGAUCCAGACAACUUUUUCCGUUACGAACAGAGCAUUCCUGUGCCCUCAAGCCACUAGGGUCUAGAGAGUAGAGACGAGACAUAUAUGCUCUUUGCUUCCUUAUUGAAUUUUUUUACAAAAGUUAUAUUUUAAUAAUAAAAUUAACAAUCGAAUCGUUUGAUGUCAAACGGAAAGAGUUUGAGCUCUGUGCAUGUCUUUAUUGGAUUCAGGCCUUAUACCUAUGAUUUGAAUUAGAUGAUGAAAGAUUUGUUGAAACUCCUUUUUUGAUUAAAUGGUUUUAGACCAUUUUCAGUAAAUUUCCGGGCAAAGACGUUCAUCGGAAUAACCAUGGACACUAUGAAGUAGUCUAACCACAUGUCAAAAUCUUAGUUCGUUUGAAUGAGAAAUGUUGGUCCAAAGUCAUUAACUUGGAAAACUUGUAAAGCUUGACAAUUUGACUAUGUUUCAGAAACUAGUAAAUAUCCCACAUGAAAAUUAUGAGGUGAAAAUCCUCUUAUUUAUAUAUGGAGAAGUAAUAAACUGGUUCAUGACCAUAUAAAUAUACUAUGGUAUAUUGGUAGAAAGAUAUAGUCGAUUAUAAAAUGUGUUUGCACAUAAAACCGAGUUAACCAAAUUAAAUUUGGAAUAGACUGAUUUGGAAUUAAAAAUUAAUUUGAUAAAUAGACAACUAGUCUAAUACCUUAAUGAUCCUUUGGGUCAAAUUCAAAUUAAUUUUAUGAUUCAGAAAUAUUUUUGCCAUUGAUGAUAAGAAACGUUCCCAUUGACCUUGUCUUAAUUGUUGUUCAAAAUUUAUCAUUUUGAAUCAAUGUUGCAUACAUUUUGUUAUUGGUGCUUGUUGGAACAAGCAUAUAAAGCACUUCUCUCAUAUCAAACAAUAGGUAAAAGAGGGAUAUGAGCCCCAUUGAGCCUAUUCACGUCAGCUUCAAAAAUCAACCAAUAAUACAAUGCCAUGUCACUUAUUUUUAAACAUAUAUGGGCCGAGUUAUAUAUUUUUGGCCCAUCUUGCUGGCUCAAGGAUGAGUAAAAAAAUUGUUCUAUCGUCUUCUUGAAGCCUAUUCACGUCGGCUUCAAAAAUCAACCAAUGAUACAAUGCCAUGUCACUUAUUUUAAACAUAUCUGGACCGAGUUAUAUAUUUUUGGCCCAUCUUGCUGGCUCAAAGAUGAGUAAAAAAUUGUUUUAUCGUCUUUUUCCUCCCCUCCCCCCCCCCCCCCAAUUGACGUCAGAGUUAAUUUUCCCCUUUCCCCUUUCACCUCCUCCAACCCUCCUCAGUAACGUAGAGUACUACUUUAACUAUUCAUAAAGCUUCAUGAUUCACUUCGACAAUCAAUGGUCAUUCAACUCUUCUGCUUCCUUCAAAGUUACACUUAUAUAUAUACCUCUUCUCCAAAUCCGUAAGUUUAACCUAUUUCUCUCCACACAAAUAUAAUCGUCGGAAGCUAUGACUAACAGAACGGCGCGAUUAAUCGGGAAAGCAACUGCAUCUUAAUUUAUAAGGAUGUCGCUCCUGGAUUGGGAGAGUCUAAUUGGGAUGGAGCUGCUUAUAUGAUUGAUGAAUAGGUACGACAAUGAUUACCUAGAAUGAUUAUUUCCCUUCUCCAGCUAAUCGAGUGACUAAUAUGUAAUCCCAUAUAACAUAGGCUAUAGUCAUUCAUUAAUCGUGUUGCACGAUUACCAGGUUGCUAAUGAGUAUUGAGUUCUACCGCAAGUUUAACAAAAAGCUCGCUACUUCUUCUUUUCUGUUAGUAACUACAGUGACCGAUAAACGUACUGGAGGUAAAACCUUUCCACAUUUUGAUGAAGAACAUAAUGAUUUCCUGCAUGAUUUAAUUCCAAUUUUUAGUCAUCCAAAGGCAGCAACAUAAGAUCCAUUUAUGUCUUAAAUGUUUCCACAUCAUGUUCAAGAACAUGAAACUAUGUUCCCAUUUAUGUGAUUUUGGCCCGUUGCCUUCUCUUUUCUGUAACCAAGUGCUAAUUGAUCUCCAACAUCUACAGGCAACCUCUCCCUCAGCUCAAUGUCCUCAUCCAGGGUAUUCUUAGACAACGACGUAGCUCCUACCAUUGAAUACUUAUCAUCGUAAGUUAUUCUACCUAAUACAAUUCACAUUUAUGAACGCACCUGAUUGAUGAAACAUGUUUAAGGUUGGCAGGAAACCCACUCAUUGCUGCAACGGUCAAUGCUACGCAGGUCACCUUAUUGAUUUCAAACUGAAGCGUCUAUCAUGAAUUCUUCGUUUAUUGUAGCCCAUUGUAGUGAGAUUCAUCACACGAUCGGAAGUACGAAGAAAGGAGGAAGUUAUCUCUUCAGCUGGUGAUAUCUGACGUUAUGGAAAGAGGCCUUUUCAAAUGCUUUCCAGUUCAGUCUAUGUGAUAAUUGUGAGAAGCUACGCACCAACAUUCCAAGUGAACUAAGCACUUAUAUUUAUACUAGAGAAAGGUAACUGCUAGCUAUUUCUAGAAAUUCUCUUGAUAUUAUCUACAUCUUCUACACACUUCUUCUUGGACUUCUUGGGUUAAGGUUUGAUUGUACUUUGAUUCAUCUUGGGAUAAUGAGGAAAACCCAACAAAUAGUUUAUUCGACUAACUUCAUUAUAAUCAUUAUAAAUCUUACAAUAUCUUAUAAUGAGAACUCAAAUAGGUAGGUUUACAAUAAAAGAAGAAAGAACUCAAAUAGGUAAAGAUGAGGAAUUGGAUUAUAACUAAGACUUAACUAGUUUUUGUUAUUUCAUUUGACAUAUAUUUUAGAUAGUAAAAACAAUAAAGUUUAAUUUAAAUAGCUUCAAAGUCAUAAAUUAUUUUAUUUUUCAAAGCUGUAAAUAUAUAUAUAUAUAUAUAUAUAUAUAUAUAUGUACUCAAAUAAAAUAAUAUAUAAACUUAAAUUUUAUUUAAAUUUUUUGCAAAAACCCCGCCCGGAAAAGGUUCUAGUUGAAAUAAACAGAAGAUAUACAAAACAACAAAUCUCUUUCCUCAUGUUGAAUAGUUAUGCUUAUUUUUUUUUAUUUUGAGUCUGAGAGUACAGCACAAAAUUAGCUUUGAUAGAUUUUGUUUUUCGGUGAUAGUAAACAAAAACAAUGUUGCAGUUGUAUCAUGGGAUUAUGAACGCUAUGAAACCGUCACACUAUGAAGCGUUUAAAGAUUUAAGAAAAGAGAUUAACCGUCUCGACUCUGCAAUUCUUCUUUAUCCUUAUAUUUCGGCAUUAUAAUUUUGAUUUAUGUUCUUAUUAUUCUUUACAAAUAUCAGUUGUCCUAUGGUAGUAAAAUAAGGGUCCUACAAGAUUGUCAUAAAAUUGCCAAAAGUUUUGAAAAAGAAAUCAAAUAAAAACGCAUGUGUUUCUUAAAAUAAAAAUUACAAAUCAAAUAACAGUUUCAAGUUUGUCUCUAAUAAUUCCUUGAGUUCAUGAUAGUUGGGUUGAUAUGGGUGGGGCUUCACUACACAAACUAACAAUAUAAGAUAAUUUGUAUUGUUCGCCUUUUUAUUCACGAAGUUUUAUGAAAGUUUUCCUCCUGUUCUGAGCAGCGUUAUUUUUCUUCUACAACCACUCUCUCCUUCUCGACAAAAGAAAAAAAAAAAGCAUCAACGAAGAACAAAUGAUUCUUAUGAAUUAAUAUGCAUUAGCAUCGUUCUCCCUUCGAUUUUGUUUCUAGUUGAGUUAGUAAUUAGUUCAACACCCAGCAAUUCUAACUAGUCUUAGCUAUAAAUGGCUUCAAACCAUUAUUAUAAAUUUAUAAACCAUUUGCAGUUAGUAUAUUUAUUAAUUUAAACAAUUUAUACUAGAUAAAUUUUUUAUGAUAGUCACUUUUUAAGUUUUUUGUCACAUAAAUAAUCUUCAGUGAGAAAAAUGAUCAAAAUAAUUUUUAUU